CAAUAAAUUGAUGGUCAGCUUUCUUUUUUAGGAGAAAGAGAAGGUCUCAAAAAAGUUGGAUUAAUGCCAAGCUAAAUUGAAGCGGUCCGUAUCGUUACCUUUGCCUUGAAAAAUAACGGAGGACGCACUCUCUCUCGCUCUCUCUUUUUCGAAGAGAAUCCGUGAGAUGAUCGGAGGAAGAUGAUCCGAAGGGGCCUCCCGGGUUGCAUCUGGACAGCAACAGCAGCAGCGAGAAGGGCGUCGUCUCCUCGCUUCUCGUCGCCUCCCAUAUCUGGCGUCCGCUUUGCCUCCCGGUCAUCCGGCGAGCUUUCGGACGAGGACUUCGUAUACAGCGAGCUCCCUCCUACUCCUCCUCCUCCCAAGGCCGCCUCGAUCCCCACCCUUCUCCAGCCGCGGGUCGUCAUCUACGAUGGCGUCUGCCAUCUCUGCCACCGAGGAGUAAAGUGGGUGAUCAAGGUUGACAAGUAUGAAAAAAUUAAGUUUUGCUGUCUCCAGUCCAAGGCUGCUGAACCAUACUUGAGGUUAUGUGGUGUUGAUCGGGAAGAUGUACUUCGACGUUUUCUAUUCAUUGAAGGGCCUGAAGCAUAUUAUGAAGGUUCCACAGCUUCCCUGAAAGUAGCAUCAUACUUGCCAUUUCCUUACUCAGUUCUAAGCUCCUUGCUGAUCAUCCCUGCCCCGCUAAGAGAUGCAGUCUAUGAUUAUGUUGCAAAACAUCGCUAUGAUUGGUUUGGGAAGGAGGAAGAGUGCAUUGUCAUGCGGGAUAAAGAGCUUCUUGAACGUUUUAUCGACCGGGAUGAGAUGCUGGGAGGGGGGGAUGACAGGAGUUUCUUUUGAAGUCGACUAAUUUUCAGUUUCGAGUAUCUUCACAGUCCUCGUCGAUCAAGAUCCAUUUGGAUGAGAGAUGAUUUGCUGACCUGGUAGUCCAUUUCCUUGACCGCUCCACAGGGGGGCAGUACUUCUAACAAAUCUCUUGGAAUCUUUUGACAAACCUGUGGUGUCCAUGCGAAAUAUUUAGCAUUCCUCUUUUGACUGAUAGAUAUAUAUACUCACAUGCUGUGCUUUUUGCCAUAGAAUUAAAUGUUAGCCCCUACAUUAACUUCUGAUUUAUUUUUAAAUUGGUUUAGACAAUCUUUGUCCA